AUGCACAAAACAUAUGAUGUGACUACAGUUGUUGAGUGGAUGAUAACUUCAACUACAUUCCCACUGGGCCUAGGAGAUGGGCAAUUCUAUGCAUGGACAAAUGGUUUGAGAAGAAAGGACUGGCAUGACUAUGAAAGCAUUCAGAAAGAGGCUUUGCGUUCAGGGAAGGGUGAACAUGGGAAACCGUACCCCCUCACUGAAGAGCACCAUGACGACUCAGCGUACAGGGAGAAUGGAUUUAAUAUUUUCGUCAGCAACAAUAUCGCUCUAGAGAGGUCCCUGCCAGAUAUUCGCCAUGCCAACUGUAAGCACAAGAUGUAUCUGGAAAGAUUGCCAAACACCAGCAUCAUUAUCCCAUUUCAUAAUGAAGGUUGGACUUCCCUUCUGCGGACCAUACACAGCAUAAUUAACCGAACCCCAGAGAGUCUGAUAGCAGAAAUCAUUCUAGUAGACGACUUCAGUGAUAGAGAACACUUGAAGGAUAAGUUAGAAGAAUACAUGGCCCGAUUUUCCAAAGUGAGGAUUGUUCGCACCAAGAAAAGGGAAGGGCUCAUCCGGACUCGACUCCUGGGAGCCUCCAUGGCGAGAGGAGAAGUCUUGACGUUCCUGGAUUCCCACUGCGAGGUUAACGUGAACUGGCUCCCUCCGCUCCUGAACCAAAUCGCACUAAACCACAAAACCAUCGUGUGCCCUAUGAUCGAUGUCAUCGACCACAACCACUUUGGGUCCCCUGUUAUGGCUGGAGGUCUCUUUGCUGUGGAUCGAAAAUGGUUUUGGGAGUUGGGUGGCUAUGACCCAGGUUUAGAAAUCUGGGGCGGAGAACAGUACGAAAUCUCUUUUAAGGUGUGGAUGUGUGGAGGAGAAAUGUUUGAUGUUCCAUGUUCUAGAGUCGGUCACAUCUACAGGAAGUACGUCCCUUAUAAAGUUCCAUCUGGGACCAGCCUGGCAAGAAUUCGAAAUGUGGCAGCAAAUCUGUGUGUGGACAGCAAGCAUGGAGCCACAGGAACAGAGCUGAGGCUGGACAUCUGUGUCAAGGAUGGUUCAGAAAGGACGUGGUCUCAUGAACAAGACAGAACAUUAUUCCAUCCUGUGAGCAACAGCUGUAUGGACUGCAAUCCUGCGGAGAAGAAAAUUUUCAUGGCUAGAUGUGACCCUCUAUCUGAGACUCAGCAGUGGGUUUUUGAACAUAUUAAUAUGACUGUUUUAGAAAAAUUUAACCACCAUGCCAGCUCCUAG